UUGUGAAUGUCCCCUUUCGGCUUUGGUACAGCUCAUUUCAUUCCCGCCCCUCUCCGGGUGCAGCGUCACGUGGUUACCAGGAGCCGCCGAAAUGUCUGAGUGUUCAACGCUGGAAAGCCUCAUAGAGAUGGGAUUCUCCCCAAGUAGAGCGGAAAAAGCAGUGGCUGCUACUGGAAAUCAAGGAAUAGAGUCAGCCAUGGAUUGGCUGAUGGAACACGAAGAUGAUCCUGACAUAGAUGAGCUAGUUGUGCCAGACACCAAAGAUGAUGCAAGCGGACAGGAUUCGCAAACAAUGGGAUCAGGUUUAGAAGAAAUGGAUGCAAGUUCAGGAAGAGCACCUUUAACAGAGGAGGAAAAACUUAAACAAACAAAAAGGAUGAUGGAACUGAUAGCACAAAAGCAGCAAGAGCGUGAAGAGCGAGAAAAACGGGAGAGAAUUGAGCAGGAGAAACAGAGGCGGAAGCAAGGACAAGAGUUAUCUGUAAUCAGACAGAAGUUGCAAGAGCAAGAAAUGCAGAAAGCAGCAGAAGAAAGGAGAAGGGAGAAGCAGGAAGAACGAUUGGCAAGAGAACGUGUCAGAGAGAAAAUUGCACGUGACAAAGCAGAGAGAGCAAGAAGGUAUGGAGGAGACACAUCAGAUCCAGUUUCCCCUCCGGCAGAAUUGCCUUUUCCAGCUUCCAUACCGUCUCCAUCUUCCCCUGUACAGGAGCCACCCACCAAGAAGGAAUAUGAUCAGUGCCGUAUUCAGGUGCGUCUACUUGACGGUACAGCCCUAUCUCAAACGUUUCGUGCUCGUGAACAGCUGGCUGCUGUCCGCUUAUAUGUGGAACUAAACUGGCCUGGUGGUCCAGAAGAGUCUUUCAAUCUUUUGACCUCCUUCCCUCGACGAGUUUUUACAGAAGAAGAUAUGGAGAAACCACUACAAGAACUCGGUUUGGUGCCUUCAGCAGUUUUGAUUGUUGCAAAAAAAUAGCACUGCACAAAGCCCUGUCCUGUCUGAAAUUAACCAAAAAAGAAAAUCCAGAAAACACCUAAAAGCCAACACGGAUUCAAAUCAGGAACAUAUAUUGUAUUGAGUAUAACAAAGACUGGCUCCCUCACUUCCCCAUGGUGAGAUUUGUUAGCAUAUAUAUUGCCAGGGAGAAAUAAAGCAGUUGUGUGAAACGAU